UGACCCGGCGCGUUGCAGCAUUGCCAGCGGGUUCUUACACGCGUGUUACAAGCGGCAUGCGGUGUUAUUACGGAGUGAUAGUGUCGCUGCGCCGACGCGAUGCUGCGGCUCCCGGGUUUUAACGCAUCCAGUCGGAGGAGCGCUCCCUCGCCUCUGCGCGUCGGCGAAGAGGAGACGCGCAAAUAAACGCGUUCGCGACACUUGAUGCAUCGGUGAUGCGCCUCGGUUGUCUUCGUCUCCGUGGCGGCGAUAAGGGGGCGACGGCAUAGCUAAGUUUACUUCACGGUUUCUAGAUCUUCAGGAUGAAUCCUCAGCAGCGGAUUGCCGCUCUCGGAACCGACAAGGAACUGAGCGACCUGCUGGAUUUCAGUGCGAUGUUCUCUCCACCUGUAAGCGGAGGGAAAAAUCGGCCGACCACACUUGGAAGCAGUCAGUUCAGCGCACCCGGUAUGGAUGAGCGGACCAACCAAGCGUCUUGGGCCCCAGGUGGCGAGUCCAGUCCGUCCUAUGAGUCCUCUCGGGGUUUUGCAGACAGCCCUCAUUACAGUGAUCAUAUGAGUGACAGCCGGAUAGUGUCCCAUGAAGAAUUGUCCCCAACACCUUUCAUGAACUCAAACAUAAUUGGGAAAUCAGAGAGGGCGUCGUUUCUUGGCUAUGGGAGGGAUCCUGGAGCAUCCGGUUGCCAGGCGUCUCUCAGGCCGGAUGUCGGGCUGACGAGCCCCAGUUCUGUGACUACCACAGGGAAAUCCACCGCUCCAUUUUACCCCUUCAACGCAGCCAAUCCCAGAAGGCGUCCUCUACAAGACGCUCCAGCGAUCGAUCCACUACAAACAAAAAAGGUUCGCAAGGUCCCUCCUGGCCUGCCUUCAUCUGUGUACGCGCCGUCUCCAAACUCGGAGGACUUCAACAGAGAUUCCCCCUCUUACUCCUCGCCCAAACCUUCCAGCAGUAUGUUCGCAAGCACUUUCUUCGACGGUACCCACAGUUCGUCUGACCCGUGGAACUCAUCCAGCGGCAUCAGUCAGCCGGGCUACGGGGGAAUGCUGGCAGCAUCUUCAUCUCACAUGGCCCAGACGGGAAACUAUAGCAGCCUGCACUCACAUGACCGCUUGAAUUACCCCGCACAUUCGGUCUCUCCCGACAUCAACGCCAGUCUUCCUCCCAUGUCAAGCUUUCACCGGAGCAACACCAGCACUUCGCCGUUUGUCACCGCAGCGCACACUUCGUCCGUCAACUCCGCCGAUGGGGUUAUGGUCGCUGCUAAUCGAGGGACGACUACUGGAAGCUCGCAGACUGGAGAUGCGCUGGGCAAGGCUUUGGCCUCGAUUUACUCACCUGACCACACUAGCAGUAGUUUCCCGUCCAAUCCGUCCACACCAGUGGGCUCUCCUUCACCUCUGACGGCCACAGCAGGAGCUGGCUCAGCGGGGACCGUUGUGACCGCUGCAGGGACCCCGUCUGGAAGGCCAGGUGCCAGCCAGUGGCCCCGCGCUGGUGGACACACUCCCUCUUCUCCAGGUUACGAGAACUCCCUCCACUCGCUGAAAAACAGAGUUCAUCAGCAGUUACAUGAGCAUCUCCAGGAUGCCAUGUCUUUCUUAAAGGAUGUCUGCGAGUCUCGAAUGGAAGAUCGUCUGGACAGAUUGGAUGAUGCAAUCCUUGUUUUGAGGAACCAUGCAGUGGGCUCCACCGCCAGUCUGCCCAGCGACAUACACAGCCUGCUGGGACAGGCACAAAACGGGCCAAUAACAACCAUCGGACCAAACUUCCCCGCCUCCGCGCUAGUUCCAAGUCGGACCGCAACAAUGCAGGGCGGCGAUGACGCUGCCAGCCUGAGCAACAGCCACGGAGGCCUGCCCAGCACCGGCUCCACGUCCAGCACAGAACUUAACCAUCAAGUGGAGGCGUUCAGAGGUCUUGCUUCAGGGUUGUCUGGUCAAGUUCCUGCUACCCUGGAACUGAAGAUUGAGAAACAGGAAAAGGAUGAUAUGCACGACAGCCUGUCUGAUAAUAAAUCGGAUGAUGAGAGUGACAGAAGAGAUAUGAAGACGCCCAGAACAGGUCAACGCACGAGCAUCACCGAAGACGAGGAUCUGAAUCCCGAGCAGAAGGCCGAGCGCGAGCGAGAGAGGAGGAUGGCGAACAACGCCCGCGAGCGCCUGCGGGUCCGAGACAUCAACGAGGCCUUCAAGGAGCUGGGCCGCAUGUGCCAGCUGCACUUGAAAAGCGAGAAGCCCCAGACUAAACUACUCAUCCUCCAUCAGGCUGUGGCCGUCAUUCUUAGCUUGGAGCAGCAAGUCAGAGAGCGAAAUCUGAACCCCAAAGCAGCCUGCCUUAAGAGACGAGAGGAGGAGAAGGUGUCCGGGAGCUCCGGUGACGGCCAGCAGGGGCACACAGGGGUCCAUCCGGGCCUGACCGACUCAUCCAACCCCAUGGGACACCUCUGAGCAGGAGGCAGAUCAGCGCCAUGCAGAUCAUUUCUGCCCCGUGUGAGCUGGUGAGCCUGCUUCCCAGUCACAGACUGCACUCAUGCUUUGCCACAGCAGUCGCAGGAGACAGACCACUGCAAGCGAAACUAAACGAGUCUAACACGAUCCAGCCCUCAGAUUAAAGAGAGCCAAGCGACCAGUUUCCAUCUGCAAAUUUCCCCCACCCCCAUACGAAGAAAAACUGAAACUCCUCAGCACAUAUCAGUGUCUGCAAGAAGAAGAAGAAGCGUGUUGCUCCUGAACAAUCAGAGACUACGCAAUCUCCUCCAACCGUACGUGGAAAUUGCCUUGUGCCUAAACUGAAUUGACGAAUGCAUUGUAACAGCUAUUUUUUUUAUUUUUUUUUCUUCUGUCUGUUUUCUUUUAUUUUCUAUUUAUUGUGUUAUUGAGCUAUAAGGCGUAUGCCUAAAGGGAAAGUUUGGCAAAAACCACAGAGAAGCGUGCGGCUUUUCAGUCGACCUAUAGUUUGCCUGUGUCACCGUUCAAACAGAGCACUCCCCCCCCCCCUCUGAGAGUCUUCGGCGAGUCCAAGAGGAGGGGCAAAAACAUUUGGGCACUGAGAAGAAGAUCGAGAUUAAUUUAUUGGCCAGUUUAGAUGAAUAUUUAUACCCUGCGACAAAACACUUUUAGCUUUUAGAUGCGAACAACAGAAAUGUCCAAUGUUUUUUUUUUUUUUUUUCUAAAGAUUUAUUAUUUAUAUUUAUUUGUUCUUGAUUUUGCCACUGGCCACAUGUGAAACCAAAACUACCUAAUAUGUAUUUUCCUGUAGUUUAGAAGGCCGAGAAACGCUGAAACCGGCCCGACUACACCCUCAAGGUGACAGAAGAUGGACAAACUGUAGUUUCACUGAAAGCUCAGAUCUAGUUUCAUUUUUGUUUUUUCCCUCCGCAGAAACAUUAAAAAGUCAAACUGUUUAGCAUUCCCUGCAUAUUUAGUGUCUUAACUCACGGCCCUGUUGUCUAUUUGCCAUAUAGUGUUAAACGUAUGCAUUUCAGUGGCUUUACAGAUUGCUGUCAGCAUUUAGCCUCCUGAUGCAUCCUCAGCGGGGUUUUUUAUUUUUAUUUUUUUUAUUUUCUGUUAUUGUCGUUUUUGUUUGUUGCUUUGUUUCUUGGCAUCGUUGCCACCAGCAAAUCAAAACGAAUAACGAGACGUAGUGAAGAAGAAGAAGAAGAAGAAGAAGAAAACGACGACCAUGCUUUCUCCUGGCCCGAUGAACAUAUCAGUUUUUGUUUUUGUUAAUAUUUCCAGACGUUAUACUUCCAGCUCAGUUAUCCAGAGUUACGCUUAUUUGUGUUGUACACGAGUCCGUUCCUCGUCUUGACUUCCAGCGCUACGACGCCCAGUCCCAAUCAGCAGCGAGAGCAUCUAAGUUAUUCUUCAGGUCCUGUUUGGAUCACGGUUAGGUGAGACACUUCCUGGAUUUCUCUGGGCGGUAGCUGCAUAAUGAACAAAAGCAGUCGACAAGGGUUUCCUUUUACAUUUCAAGGCGUUUGAUCAUGGCUUUUAUUUUGUUUCCCCUAUCAGUGUGCAUGCUUUACAUAUUUCCUCUGUUUUUUUUUUGUAUCUUUUGGUCUUAAGACUUGCUUUAUAUUCCAUAUAUUUCUUUGUAUAUUAUGUUCUGUCAUGUUCUCCACCUGCAACGAGGCGGCCACGUUCAGGAUGAGUUUUCAGGACAACAAAAGGGAUUUCAUCUGGAAUAAACGAUGCGUAGCAAGAGUUUACAUUCAACACACACUUUUAUUAUUGUGACAAAUAAAAACAGCAUAAUCUUGCGUUCUCUGACUGAAUGUGGCCUUCUUUCGUUUUUUUUUUUUUUUUUUUUCCAUGACCUUGUGUUCAUGUUGACAGACCGCUGACUGAGGGUGUAAUCUAUGUCACUUCCAGCUCUUAUUAUCUUCAUUUUGUUUGCCGAGUUCCUGUUCUAACUUUGUUUUCCUUGCGCCUCUGUUUGCCAAGUUAGACUUUGCUGUAUUCCAAGAUGCUUUCCCUUGUAUAAUAUAUAAGAAAAGAAAAAAAGAAAAUCAAAAGGAAAAAAAAAAAAAAACAUUUGGCUUAUUUUUCACUGUAGUUUAGUCUUUUAUACAAUAAUACUGUAAGAAUAUUUCUUGAAUUCUAAAUAUUACUCUUUCUAGAUUUUUGAAAGCAAAAGUUUUGAGUAAAAAGUUUCUUACUUUAUUUUACUAUAUUAGAUAGUAAAAUGUACGGUUAUUUACCAUAACUUGUCAGUUAUAACGAGAGAUUUAGCAGAUGGCGGAGGACGGCAGAACUGCGGCUCGUAGCCGGGUUCUUUAAAAGGAUCCGUACGAGCCGCAGGUCCCCUGAAACAGAGACUUUCUUCUUCCUCCUCGGCGUCCGCUGUUGGUUGAUAAAAGGUUUGAUCUCGUGUCAAAUAAAAGAUGUUGAUCUGCAUUUAAAAAAAAAAAAAAGCUAAGGAAAAAAAAACAACAACUGUGGCAGCGAGAAUUUGAAUUUUCUGUCUUUUUCAACAGGAAAACAUGUAUAUAACAUUUAUGUUGCAAUAAAUGUGCCAUCUUUUUUUAAA